AGUCAGGUUGUGGUCGUUGCAUACUUACAGCCCGCCAAUCCCUCCAAGCUUUGGUGGAUAUGCUGCCUGGGCGGCCCAUUGCGGCAUGGCUGUUGGGGCAUGGAGAGUUUUGCUCAUGCACCACCGUCCUCGACCAAGAACAAAGCCGUUCGAAAGUCGAACUAGAGGAAGUGGGCUGCCGGAGUUGCAAUCAGUAGAAAACGAUCUGGCUACCUCAAUGCUGUUUGCUCAAUGCUGUCCUGUAACCGAGGAGACCGAAUGAGUUGGUGGGGCCAGACAUCUCAGCGCCAACUUGCUGCACUGAGUGUGUACCACAGUAGCACUGCAGCGCGGAGAAGGCCGGCGCGGCACGAUAUUGCAUCACCUGUGAUUCGACGACGCGUGCUAACCUUGGACUUCUUUCAACGCCACCUUCAGUGCAGUGGAGAGCACCCUUGGCACCCGCUAAGAUUCCAGGGCUUUAGGUAGCCUAUCGUGGGCAUGUGCUCAGCGCAGCUUCUUAUCGACAAGGCAGAGCUUCAGAUUUCCCAUCCGACUUACGACGGUGAAUGCGGACGGCCAGCAACACCUGCACCUUUGCCAGCGCUCCAGAAAUCACUACCCAUCAUGUCCGCCGAUGACCAGCAGUUCUUAGACGUUCUCUCGUCACUGCCCAACCAGAUCCGCCGAUACUCGGGCGAGGUUGCCGAGUACGUCGACAAGACGGUCGAGAAGGCCGCCGAGCAAGUACGAGACAGUCUCUCAACAGCAGAGUGGCUGCCCGACUACAUCAGACCAGCACCACCCUCGCGACCGCCCCCCGUUGCCAUCGUCCACCUCACAACCUAUGAGCGACUGCAGGGCUGGGUCGUUCGACACAAGAUCCUGACCGGCAUAGUCGUCAUCAGUAUCGGCUAUGUCACAUACAAGGCGGUCAAGACGAGCAAGCUGAUGCGCAAGUCGCGCCGGGCAAAGAGGGCUCGGAAUGGUGGCAGAUCAGAAGUCGUCGUCAUUGCUGGGUCGCCCACCUUGCCCCUGACAAAGUCGCUAUCGUUGGAUCUGGAGAGGCGAGGAUUCAUUGUCUAUGUUGUCUGUGGCAGCAUGGACGAGGAGCUUAUGGUGCAGAACCUCUCGAGGCCAGACAUCAAGCCCCUGAGUAUUGAUAUCACCGACCCCCCGAGCGCAGGCUCUUCGAUCGAACGAUUCGCCUCAUAUUUGCAGACGCCACAUGCGGCCGUCCCGAGGACAAAAGCAAACUACCUGACCCUGACCUCGGUGCUUUUGAUACCAUCGCUCAACUACCAAACCUCACCGAUCGCCACCAUUCCUCCCUCCUCCUUCGCCGACCUCUUCAACACCCACCUCCUCCACCCGAUCCUGACAAUUCAAUCCUUCCUGCCCCUCCUGACAUCUCGGAUAACACCACCAGGCGAGACGCCCACGAGCCCGAAGGUCCUCGUCUUCACACCCUCCAUCAUCUCAUCCAUAAACCCGCCGUUUCACGCACCGGAGGCGACAGUCUCUUCAGCGCUGUCGGCUUUCACCGAUGUACUCACUGGCGAGCUGCGGCCGCUGGGCAUCCCCGUAACUCACAUCAAACUCGGUACUUUUGACUUCGCUGGUUUCGUACCCACCCGACACUCCAACUUGCUGCCAGCUGCGGAAACAACAAACUGGCCCGAGGCAGCCCGGCAUGUAUACGGCAAGAACUACGUGGCCCAAGCAUCAUCUUCCAUCUCAGCUGGCCGAAUCCGGGGUCUGAGGGGCAGUUCUCUGCGGGACCUGCACAACUCCGUUUUCGACGUCAUUGAUGGAUCCGAGAAGAGCGGCGUUGUGCGCAUAGGUUUGGGAGCUGGCCUGUAUGGGUUUGUAGGACGUUGGGCACCAAGGAGCCUGGUUUCAUGGAUGAUGGGUAUCCGAAAGGUCGAUGAGCUGAGCACAUGGACCGAAAGCUCGUACACAGGUAGCGGCAGCGAGAGAAGCAUCAGCGAGAACGGCGAUGCGAGUGAAUUCAUCGCCGUUGGUAAAGUUGAUGAUGCUGGUGCCAACGUUUGGAAGGAGGACUGAUCUGCGUUCUAUCUGGCUAAUCGCAGCCGAUGCAAUGGCAGUAGAGCGUGUAAGGAGUGGCUGUGGAACGUGGCUGUACAUAUGAAGAGACGACACCCCUAUCAUGAUUGGAAAGGCUCACGACUCUGGAAUCAAUCAAAUGACACCAUAAUAAAUGUAUUCAUGUAUCUGUAUAUGUAAAUGGGUAGAUGACGCUUGGGUGGAGCAUCGUGAUGCGCGGCUGCACGUAGUUGCUUUCACCUUUUAGCAAUGCACAUUCUAUCAGCGCCCGCUCGGGUACUUCUUUGCCUCGGUAGGUGCUGACCAUUCCCUUUGCAUAUUGUCAACUCGAUCAUGAUGU